GUGAGUUAAGAUAUGAAAACACUAAGAGUACUUACAAGUUGGUGUUGUUUCAUCAUCAUGCUCGGUAUACUUAUGAUCAACUUGGUGGAUGUGGGCAUGCAUUCUAUUUAGCAAAAGUGGGGUUAAGAUGUCACCAUGGCUCAUAGGGUUAGAAGUGGUCCAAAGUGUGGGGUUCCUGCCAUAUUUUUGUGCCUGGUAGCUCUGUUAUGUGCCAACGUGCUUCUCUAUGUCUACCUGGAGGCUCUGUAUGAGGGCACUUCCCUACCUUCAGGACACAUGCAUUGCUCCCCAGGCUAUUUUAAGGUGGGCACUAUGAAAAACUGUACGCCCUGGUUGCAGUGUUCCGAAAUUCGUGCAAAGGUUCGUCGUCUCAGUCUGAUUGGACAGGGAGCUGUUAAACAGGUAUAUCUCUCAGAGUGGCAGGGGCAAAAAGUAGCCUUGUGUGUCUUGUCAUCUGAGCAGUAUAAAGCCGAUUUCCUUCAUGGUGUAUCCAUGCUACGUUCCUUGCAGAGUGUGCGUGUGGUAUCACUAGUGGGCGUGUGUGAAGAAGAUGGAGUAUUUGUUACCGAGUACCACCCUUUGGGAUCAGCACUGACACUUGAUUCUACUCUUGCACAGGAUCGCUACCGCACACAGGACUCCUGGCAGGUGCGGCUGCGUCUGGCACUAGACUAUGUUGUCUUUCUGGUGUUUUUACACAACAGCCCAGUGGGUACCCGUGUCAUGUGUGACUCUAAUGACCUGAAUAAAACACUCAGUCAAUUCUUGCUCACCUCUGACCUACGGCUUUUGGCAAACGAUCUGGAUGCUCUGCCAUUGGUAGAACAUGGGGGUCAGGGCAUCAAAUGUGGCCAUCGUCAACUGAUGGGUGAGUUUGUUGCCCCUGAGCAGCUUUGGCCUUUUGGCGAUGAAACACCUUUCUCAGAUGACCUGAUGCCAGGCUAUGACGAAAAGUCAGACAUCUGGAAGAUUCCAGAUGUGACCCGUUCUCUGCUAGGUCAUGUCUCUGGGAGUGAUGUUAUCCACUUUAACCUCUUUCAGAUACAUGCAGACUGUAAGAGGCAGAAUCCUAAGCUAAGACCAUCAGCGCAUGAAGUCCUCAAUGUUUAUCGCUCUGUUUAUGACAGUAUGAAGGAAAGUCACACAGAAAGCAUCAGAGACAUGUUGUGAAUUAAAUAUGAUUUGGGAGAUAAUUAAUUAAAGCAAUACAGAACUGAAAGUGUGGAGCAAGGUAACUGUAUUCAGGACAAUGGGCAAUAAAAGUUGUUAAUACCAUUAACCAUUUGUUAAAAACUGGAAACCUUUUGUAAAGUUAAAUACAUACAUUUGGUCAGUGCUUUUACUUGCUUAGUCUUUUUAUUAUUUUUAUUAAAAAUCUGUUUUCUUAUUUUACACCCAACGCCAUAUUAAAAUGUGAAAUCGUUAUUUAAAGCUGGAUACAUUUUCUGACACUUGUUAAAACCGAGACCAUAAAGAAAAAAGUAAAGUGUACAGAGCUGUU